GACCUAUAUCCAGACUUUGCCUGACACUGCGGGGUCCAAGAGAAUUAAAGGAAUAUAGAAUGACAGGAAGAAGAUUAGUUGAGGAUUACAGGCCUUGAGGACGAGCACCUCAGUGAAGAGAAGCACAGACAAGCUCCCGAGCUAUAGUUGGGAGGAAGGAGCCGCGUGUUGGAAGAAGAUGGCGGAUCCAGGAAUGAUGAGUCUCUUUGGCGAGGAUGGGAAUAUUUUCAGUGAAGGCCUCGAAGGCCUUGGCGAUUGUGGUUACCCUGAAAAUCCAGUGAACCCCAUGGGUCAGCAAAUGCCCCUAGACCAGGGCUUUGCCUCUCUACAGCCCUCCCUUCACCAUCCCUCCCCUAAUCAGAAUCAAACCAAGUUGACCCAUUUCGAUCACUAUAAUCAGUAUGAGCAGCAGAAGAUGCACCUCCUGGACCAGCCGAGCAGGAUGAUGAGCAGCGCCCCUGGGAACGGACUCGCGUCUCCUCACUCGCAGUACCACACCCCUCCCGUUCCUCAGGUCCCUCACAGCGGCAGCGGCGGCGGGCAGAUGGGAGUCUACCCUGGCAUGCAGAAUGAAAGGCACGGGCAGUCCUUUGUGGACAGUGGCUCCAUGUGGGGCCCCCGGGCUGUUCAGGUACCGGACCAGAUACGAGCCCCCUACCAGCAGCCACCGCAGCCGGCUCCAUCGGGGCCCCCCGCCCAGGGCCACCCUCAGCACAUGCAGCAGAUGGGCAGCUACAUGGCACGUGGGGAUUUUUCCAUGCAGCAGCACGGGCAGCCGCCGCAGAGGAUGAGCCAGUUUCCCCAAGGUCAAGAGGGCCUCAAUCAGGGAAACCCUUUCAUUGCCACCUCAGGACCCGGCCACCUGUCCCACGUGCCCCAGCAGAGUCCCAGCAUGGCACCUUCCCUCCGUCACUCAGUGCAGCAGUUCCACCACCACCCCCCCACUGCUCUCCAUGGGGAAUCCGUUGCCCACAGUCCCAGAUUCUCCCCUAAUCCUCCUCCACAAGGGGCUGUCAGGCCGCAAACCCUUAACUUUAGUUCUCGGAGCCAGACAGUCCCCUCACCUACUAUAAACAACUCAGGGCAGUAUUCUCGAUAUCCUUACAGUAACCUAAAUCAGGGAUUAGUUAACAAUACAGGGAUGAAUCAAAAUUUAGGCCUUACAAAUAAUACUCCAAUGAAUCAGUCCGUACCCAGAUACCCCAAUGCUGUAGGAUUCCCAUCAAACAGUGGUCAAGGACUAAUGCACCAGCAGCCCAUCCACCCCAGUGGCUCACUUAACCAAAUGAACACACAAACUAUGCAUCCUUCACAGCCUCAGGGAACUUAUGCCUCUCCACCUCCCAUGUCACCCAUGAAAGCAAUGAGUAAUCCGGCAGGUACUCCUCCUCCGCAAGUCAGGCCCGGAAGUGCUGGGAUACCAAUGGAAGUUGGCAGUUAUCCAAAUAUGCCCCACCCUCCGCCGUCUCACCAGCCCCCUGGUGCCAUGGGAAUUGGACAGAGGAAUAUGGGCCCCAGAAACAUGCAGCCGUCGCGUCCAUUUAUGGGCAUGUCCUCAGCGCCGAGGGAGCUGGCCGGGCACAUGAGACCAAAUGGUUGCCCCGGUGUUGGCCUUGCAGAUCCACAAGCAAUCCAGGAGCGGCUGCUACCUGGCCAGCAGCACCCUGGUCAGCAGCCAUCUUUUCAGCAAUUGCCAACCUGCCCUCCGAUGCAGCCCCACCCGGGCUUGCACCACCAGUCUUCACCCCCACACCCGCAUCACCAGCCUUGGGCACAGCUCCACCCAUCGCCCCAGAACACCCCGCAGAAAGUGCCUGUGCCUCAGCAUUCUCCAUCGGAGCCCUUUCUAGAGAAACCAGUGCCGGAUAUGACUCAGGUUAGUGGACCGAACACCCAGCUAGUGAAGAGUGAGGAUUACCUGCCAUCCAUAGAGCAGCAGCCACAGCAAAAGAAGAAGAAGAAGAAAAACAACCACAUUGUUGCAGAGGAUCCCAGUAAAAGUUUUGGUAAAGAGGACUUCCCUGGUGGGGUUGAUAACCAAGAACUAAAUAGGAAUUCACUAGAUGGGUCUCAAGAAGAGAAAAAGAAAAAGAAAAGGCCGAAGGCAAAAAAAGACCCGAAGGAACUGAAAGAACCCAAGGAGAAAAAAGAGCCCAAGGAACCCAAGACCCCGAAAGCCCCUAAGAUUCCCAAAGAGCCAAAGGAAAAGAAAGCAAAAACUGCCACGCCAAAACCCAAGUCCAGCAAAAAGUCCAGUAAUAAGAAACCUGAUUCAGAAGCAAGUGCUUUGAAGAAAAAGGUCAACAAGGGAAAAACAGAAGGUUCUGAAAAUUCAGACUUAGACAAAACGCCCCCACCGUCUCCUGAAGAAGAGGAGGACCCAGGUGUUCAGAAGAGACGGUCCAGCAGGCAGGUGAAGAGGAAGCGCUACACUGAAGACUUGGAGUUCAAGAUUUCUGAUGAGGAGGCAGAUGAUGCAGAUGCUGCUGGGAGAGAAUCCCCCUCGAACACCUCGCAGUCAGAGCAGCAGGAAUCUGUUGAUGCAGAAGGUCCAUUGGUAGAAAAAAUCAUGAGUAGUCGUUCCGUGAAAAAACAGAAGGAAUCUGGAGAGGAGGUAGAAGUUGAGGAAUUCUAUGUGAAAUACAAAAACUUCUCUUAUCUUCAUUGUCAAUGGGCAUCUGUAGAAGAUCUGGAAAAAGAUAAGAGAAUUCAGCAAAAGAUUAAACGUUUUAAGGCAAAGCAGGGCCAGAACAAAUUCCUUUCAGAGAUUGAAGAUGAGCUUUUUAAUCCAGAUUAUGUGGAGGUUGACCGGAUAAUGGACUUUGCACGUAGCACAGAUGACCGGGGAGAGCCCGUGACUCACUACCUGGUGAAGUGGUGCUCCCUGCCUUAUGAGGACAGCACUUGGGAGCUGAGGCAGGACAUCGAUCAAGCCAAGAUCGAGGAGUUUGAGAAACUAAUGUCUAGGGAGCCGGAAACAGCGCGCGUGGAGCGACCUCCUGCUGAUGAUUGGAAGAAAUCGGAGAGUUCCAGGGAGUAUAAAAACAAUAACAAACUCAGGGAAUACCAGUUGGAGGGAGUAAACUGGCUACUUUUCAAUUGGUACAACAUGCGAAACUGCAUUUUAGCAGAUGAAAUGGGUUUGGGAAAAACUAUCCAGUCCAUUACAUUUCUCUAUGAGAUAUAUUUGAAAGGAAUCCAUGGCCCUUUUUUAGUAAUUGCCCCAUUGUCCACAAUCCCCAACUGGGAAAGGGAAUUCCGGACCUGGACAGAGUUGAACGUGGUUGUGUAUCAUGGGAGUCAAGCUAGUCGUCGGACCAUUCAGUUGUAUGAAAUGUACUUCAAAGAUCCCCAGGGUCGAGUGAUAAAGGGGUCCUAUAAGUUUCAUGCCAUCAUCACGACCUUCGAGAUGAUUUUGACUGAUUGUCCUGAGCUGCGGAAUAUUCCAUGGCGCUGUGUAGUCAUCGAUGAAGCCCACCGGCUGAAGAACAGGAACUGCAAGCUGCUGGAGGGACUCAAGAUGAUGGACUUGGAACACAAAGUGCUGCUGACGGGGACCCCGCUGCAGAACACUGUGGAGGAGCUCUUCAGCCUGCUCCACUUCUUGGAACCAAGUCGCUUCCCUUCAGAAACCACCUUCAUGCAGGAGUUUGGUGAUCUGAAAACAGAAGAACAGGUGCAAAAACUCCAGGCUAUUCUAAAGCCGAUGAUGUUGAGACGUCUCAAGGAGGAUGUAGAAAAGAACUUGGCCCCCAAAGAAGAAACUAUCAUUGAAGUUGAGCUAACAAACAUUCAGAAGAAGUAUUACCGAGCCAUCCUUGAGAAGAAUUUUACAUUUCUUUCCAAAGGUGGUGGUCAAGCUAACGUACCUAACCUUUUAAACACUAUGAUGGAACUACGCAAGUGCUGCAAUCAUCCGUACCUUAUUAACGGUGCUGAAGAGAAAAUUUUGGAAGAGUUUAAAGAAACACACAAUGCAGACUCUCCAGAUUUUCAGCUCCAGGCGAUGAUCCAGGCUGCUGGCAAGCUAGUGCUGAUUGACAAGCUGCUGCCAAAACUGAAGGCUGGUGGCCACAGGGUGCUUAUCUUUUCCCAGAUGGUGCGCUGCUUGGACAUACUGGAAGACUACCUCAUUCAAAGACGGUACCCGUACGAAAGGAUCGACGGCCGAGUGAGGGGCAACCUGCGCCAGGCAGCUAUUGACAGAUUCUCCAAACCUGACUCGGAUCGGUUUGUUUUCCUCCUGUGCACUCGGGCAGGCGGUUUAGGCAUUAAUCUUACUGCUGCUGAUACCUGCAUCAUCUUUGAUUCUGACUGGAAUCCCCAAAAUGACCUCCAGGCCCAGGCAAGGUGUCACAGGAUAGGACAGAGCAAAUCUGUGAAAAUCUACAGGCUGAUCACACGAAAUUCUUAUGAAAGGGAGAUGUUCGACAAGGCGAGUCUGAAGCUCGGUCUGGAUAAAGCUGUGCUGCAGUCCAUGAGCGGAAGGGAAAACGCCACCAAUGGGGUGCAACAGCUUUCCAAGAAGGAAAUAGAGGAUCUUCUGCGAAAGGGGGCCUACGGUGCGCUCAUGGAUGAGGAGGACGAAGGGUCUAAAUUCUGCGAAGAAGAUAUCGACCAGAUUCUCCUGCGGCGAACCCACACCAUCACCAUCGAGUCUGAAGGGAAGGGCUCCACCUUUGCUAAGGCCAGUUUUGUUGCAUCUGGAAAUAGGACAGAUAUCUCCCUGGAUGACCCAAAUUUCUGGCAAAAGUGGGCUAAGAAGGCCGAGUUGGAUAUCGAUGCCUUAAAUGGGAGGAACAACCUGGUCAUCGACACCCCGAGGGUGAGGAAGCAGACCAGGCUGUACAGUGCGGUGAAGGAGGACGAGCUGAUGGAGUUCUCGGACCUGGAGAGCGACUCCGAGGAGAAGCCCUGCGCGAAGCCCCGGCGGCCGCAGGACCGGUCCCAGGGCUACGCCCGGAGCGAGUGCUUCCGGGUGGAGAAGAACCUGCUCGUCUAUGGCUGGGGGCGGUGGACGGACAUCCUUUCCCAUGGACGCUACAAACGCCAGCUCACUGAGCAGGAUGUGGAGACCAUCUGCAGGACCAUCCUCGUGUACUGCCUCACCCAUUACAAGGGGGACGAGAACAUCAAGAGCUUCAUCUGGGACCUGAUCACGCCCACGGCCGACGGCCAGACGCGCGCCCUGGUCAACCACUCCGAAAACUUUGUCUUCUACCAAAAGAAAGAGAAACCCUUAGGGUCGCUGCUACUGUACCGAGUUUUGGUGAAUAAAAGCGAAUCCAGCCCACGGGUCCUGCUGCGUGUCCGCAUGCUGUACUACCUACGACAAGAAGUGAUAGGAGACCAGGCAGAUAAGAUCUUAGAGGGUGCUGACUCAAGUGACGCUGAUGUGUGGAUACCCGAGCCUUUCCACGCCGAGGUCCCCACAGAUUGGUGGGAUAAGGAGGCGGAUAAGUCCCUCCUAAUUGGGGUGUUCAAACAUGGCUACGAGAAGUACAACUCCAUGCGCGCGGACCCCGCACUGUGCUUCCUGGAACGAGUGGGUAUGCCCGAUGCCAAGGCCAUCGCUGCCGAGCAGAGAGGAACAGACAUGCUAGCAGAUGGCGGUGACGGGGGAGAAUUUGAUAGAGAAGAUGAAGACCCGGAAUAUAAACCAACCCGAACGCCAUUCAAGGAUGAAAUAGAUGAAUUUGCCAAUUCUCCUCCCGAAGAGAAGGAAGAAUCUGUGGAACUACGCACCACAGGCAAGCACAGUGAGAGCAAUGCUGAGUUAGGCCAACUUGACUGGCCUAACACCUCAACCCUGACCACCCGUCUGCGCCGGCUCAUCACUGCCUAUCAGCGCAGCUAUAAGAGGCAGCAGCUGCGGCAGGAGGCCCUGACGAAGACCGACCGGCGGAGGCGGCGGCCUCGGGAGGAAGUGAGAGCACUGGAAGCGGAAAGGGAAGCUAUAAUCUCUGAGAAACGGCAAAAGUGGACGAGAAGAGAAGAGGCUGACUUUUACCGCGUGGUAUCCACUUUUGGGGUUAUUUUUGACCCCAUGAAACAGCAGUUUGAUUGGAACCAGUUUCGAGCCUUUGCCAGACUGGACAAAAAGUCUGAUGAAAGCCUGGAGAAAUACUUCAGUUGCUUUGUGGCCAUGUGUAGGCGCGUGUGUCGAAUGCCCACCAAGCCAGAUGAUGAACCUCCAGACCUCGCCAUGAUCGAGCCCAUCACAGAAGAGCGUGCCUCUAGAACUCUCUACCGCAUCGAACUGCUCCGGAAAAUUCGUGAGCAGGUUCUCCAUCACCCUCAACUGGGGGAGAGGCUGAAGCUCUGCCAGCCAAGCCUGGACCUGCCGGAGUGGUGGGAGUGCGGGCGGCACGACCGGGACUUGCUGGUGGGCGCCGCUAAACAUGGGGUCAGUCGGACAGACUAUCACAUCCUCAACGACCCCGAGCUGUCCUUCUUGGAUGCGCACAAAAACUUCGCGCAGAACAGAGGGCCUGGCAAUAUGUCGGCCUUGAACCCACUGGCAGUGGGAUUUGGCCAGACUCCGGCAGUCGUCUCGUCCGCUCAUACUCAGGAGGAAAAGGGGACAGGACAGACGGAGGGCAAAGGGGAGGAGCCUGAACACGCGGCCACCCAAGAGAAACCUGCCACGAAAGCGGAGGAGGAGGAACCCGAGGGCGGGGACGAGGACCAUAAGGAGGACUGUGCUGCCGAGGCCAGCUCUGUCAAACAGGAGCUGAAAGGCAUGGAGGUCGGCGCAGAUUCAGGGCCCAAGUCAAUUUCCGAGAAAGGUUCGGAAGAGGACGAGGAAGAAAAGCUGGAGGAUGAUGACAAGUCGGAAGAAUCUUCCCAGCCUGAAGCAGGAGCUGUCUCUAGGGGGAAGCAUUUUGAUGAAGAAAGCAAUGCUUCUAUGAGCACUGCCAGGGAUGAGACCCGAGAUGGGUUCUACAUGGAGGACGGGGACCCGUCGGUAGCUCAGCUCCUUCAUGAAAGAACAUUUGCCUUCUCAUUUUGGCCUAAGGAUCGAGUAAUGAUAAACCGAUUAGACAAUAUCUGUGAAGCGGUGUUGAAAGGCAAAUGGCCAGUAAAUCGGCGCCAGAUGUUUGAUUUCCAGGGCCUCCUCCCCGGCUACACGCCGCCCACCGUGGACAGCCCCCUGCAGAAGCGGAGCUUUGCGGAGCUCUCCGCAGUCGGCCAGGCCAGCGUCAGCGGGAGCGAGGACCUUACCACUUCUCCCCAGUUGUCAAAGGAAGAUGCUCUCAAUCUCGCUGUCCCUCGCCAGCGGAGGAGGAGGAGGAGGAAAAUUGAAAUCGAGGCCGAAAGAGCUGCCAAGCGGAGAAACCUCAUGGAGAUGGUGGCCCAGCUUCGGGAGUCUCAGGUGGUCUCAGAAAAUGGACAAGAAAAAGUUGUAGAUUUAUCGAAGGCCUCCAGAGAGGCAACAAGCUCUACCUCAAAUUUUUCAUCUCUUACUUCAAAGUUUAUCUUGCCUAACGUCUCAACGCCAGUGUCCGAUGCCUUUAAGACUCAGAUGGAGCUGCUGCAGGUGGGCCUGUCACGCACGCCCACGAGGCACCUGCUCAACGGCUCCCUCGUGGAUGGGGAGCCCCCCAUGAAGAGGAGGCGGGGGAGGAGGAAAAACGUGGAGGGCCUCGAUCUGCUUUUCAUGAGCCACAAACGGACGUCACUGAGUGCAGAGGAUGCUGAGGUGACCAAAGCUUUCGAAGAAGAUAUAGAGACCCCACCAACACGAAACAUUCCUUCUCCUGGACAGCUGGACCCCGACACACGGAUCCCUGUUAUAAAUCUCGAAGAUGGGACGAGGCUGGUGGGGGAUGACGCCCCUAAAAAUAAGGACUUGGUUGAAUGGCUGAAGCUGCACCCUGCUUACACUGUUGAUAUGCCAAGUUACGUACCAAAGAAUGCGGAUGUGCUGUUUUCCUCAUUUCAGAAACCGAAACAGAAACGACAUAGAUGUCGAAACCCUAACAAAUUGGAUAUAAACACUUUGACAGGAGAGGAAAGGGUGCCCGUUGUCAACAAACGAAAUGGAAAGAAGAUGGGCGGAGCGAUGGCACCUCCCAUGAAGGAUCUGCCCAGGUGGCUGGAAGAAAACCCCGAGUUUGCAGUUGCUCCCGACUGGACUGACAUCGUUAAACAGUCUGGUUUUGUUCCCGAGUCGAUGUUUGACCGUCUUCUCACUGGACCUGUGGUGAGGGGAGAAGGAGCGAGCCGACGAGGAAGAAGGCCCAAGAGCGAAAUCGCCAGAGUGGCCGCCGCUGCCGCCGUGGCCUCCACGUCGGGAAUCAACCCUCUGCUGGUGAACAGCCUGUUUUCGGGGAUGGACCUCACGAGCCUUCAGAACCUCCAGAGCCUCCAGUCUCUCCAGCUGGCGGGGCUCAUGGGCUUCCCUCCCGGACUGGCCACAGCUGCCGCGGCCGGAGGCGACGCCAAGAACCCUGCGGCCGUGCUGCCCCUGAUGCUGCCGGGCAUGGCGGGCCUGCCCAACAUGUUCGGCCUGGGCGGGCUGCUCAACAGCCCCCUGUCCACUGCUGCUGGGAACACCACUACUGCGUCCAGUCAGGGAGACCCGGACGACGGCACUUCCAAGGGGGAGGAGAAGGGCAACGAGAACGAGGAGGAGAGCAAAGACCCCGAGAAAAGCACAGACGCUGUUUCGGCUACUGACUCUGCGAAUGGUCCCGUUGGUGCUGCUACUGCCUCGACCGGAUUGCCCUCCAACCCGCUCGCCUUCAACCCUUUCCUCCUGUCCACCAUGGCCCCAGGCCUCUUCUACCCUUCCAUGUUUCUACCUCCGGGGCUGGGAGGAUUGACGCUGCCCGGGUUCCCCGCGCUGGCAGGACUGCAGAACACCGUGGGCUCGGGCACGGAGAAGGGCCCCGACAAGGCCGAGGGGGCGGCCUUUCAGGAAGAGGAGCACCUCGAGGGCAGCGACGCCGAGGAGAACCUGGACAAGACGGCGGAGUCCUCCGUCCUCGAAGACGAAAUAGCACAGGGUGAAGAGCUGGACUCGCUGGAUGGCGGGGAGGAACUAGAAAACAAUGAGAAUGACGAGUAACCAGUCCCAGUUCCCGUUCAAGUGUUUAAAACUUUUGACAAGUGGUAGUCCUACUGUUUACACUCACAGUUAAUGUUCAUACCUAGUUUUAUAAGCUGUUCUGUAACAUAGUGUAGCAAAAAGAAAAGAAAAGAAGAAAAAAAGUCCAAGUCAUGUUAUACAGGUGUGUCAAAAGGUAUCUUGGUCCUUAAGUAUUGUGCAGUGCAUUAUUUAUUACCCCUAGGAGAGAUGAAAUUUGAGAGGUGAUCAUGUCUUUUUAAGGAAAACUUACAUAAUGCUCUGCUUCGUUUCCUCUUCGUUUGGUACCAUUGGUAUUAUAAUAAAGAGCAAUUUGUAACGGGGCGGCACUCAUGGAAGGACGCGCCGCUCGAAGGAAGUAUGAAGUUAUAUAUUUAAUUUUUUUAAUUUUAAUUUCGUUGCUGUGAAGGUCAAGAUGAAAUUUACCGUACAUAUCAUCCUUGCUCAUUGGUUUCCCUUUCUGACUGUCUGGGGUGCCCACACUCGUGCAUACACACACACACACAUCCGUACACUCUGACAAUCUCCACGUUAGUGUGAACGUCUCCGUCCAGAGGCGCAGCAAUAAUAAGGCAGCUGUUGAAUGUGAAGGGUCCCUUUGGAAAUUAACCUACUGGGAGGGUUCUCGCCAGAUAGAACUACAGUUCCAUUGUCUCGUGGUCUUGUAAUGCACUGGUAUAAACAAAAUAAAUAGAUGAAUAAAUAAAAGAGUGAGAGACUAGAGAAUCAGGUACCUUUUUUUUUAAAUUAAAGGACUUUGUUACUUUAGCCACAAAGCUAAAACAGCAUUACCUCAGCUCUAAACUAGCCUUGAAGUUUACAGACAUGACUUUGUAAAUGUAUUGUUUUUCUUUGUUGUGAUGUCCUUUUAUUUUUUCCUUUGAAAACUGCUAUCAUGUAAGAUAAACUGUAAAUUGCUGCCAACUGUAGUAAUGAUGCUUUUAAUAAAAGUGACCCAUGAUAUGCAGAAAUGUAAUUAUAGGAUGUAGUGUGUAGGGGAACUGGUGUUGGCUCUAUUUUUUGUCUUCGCAAUAGAUGCAAAUACAGCAUUCUGGCCUUUG